CUAUGGUGGUCCGUAAAAGGGAACUCCAGAAUCAAUCAGCAACUACCACGAGAAAUCAUCAGGCUCAUACGACUCAUUUGUGUUGAAGAAGAACUGAAGUUUUCGAACAUGGUGUUCAAUCUACGAAGCUUCAGUUUCACCGAUUCCGAUGAAGAUGAUCGAACACGUCCUAGGAGCUUCUCCCUAAAAGAGCUGCGAGCCGCGACACAGAACUUUAGCCGCGACAACUACUUCGUGGGAGGUGGAUUCGGCAUGGUUUACUGGGGACGCUUAGCGGACAGUUCUCUGGUGGCAGUGAAAAGGGCAAUCACCAUUGGUCAUGAGAGGGAAGAGGCUUUCAAAAGAGAAGUGCAAGUCGCAAGCUCGGUUCCGACACACCCGAACGUGCCACGUCUGUGGGGCUUUUGCAGGACCAAAAAGGAGCUUUUCCUGGUCUAUCCCUUGAUGAUCCAUUAUAGCCGUGCUUAUUGUCGUAGAGAGAGACCAGACUGGUCGCCCCGACCUCUCGAUUGGAUGACUCGCAAGCGUAUAGCCUUGGGAGCGGCAAGAGGUCUUGCGCACCAGCUGCACAAUCAAAGUAAUGUUAGCGUCAUCCAUCGCCGCUUUAGUCUGCCAAGUAUAUGGCUAAAUUUUCUAUCUAAGGCUGAGACGGGAAAUUUGGACACUGAGGACGAGAGGAAUUCAGAUAAGGGAACUAUUGAGUGGCACGCGCUAAAGAGCGAUGUUUUCGCCUUUGGCAAAACUCUUCUCCACCUUAUCUGUGGACAGAAGAGUAAGGAGUUUGGUCUGUUAGAAGACGAAAAUCUCAGUUUGGAAAAAUGGAUUAACCGAAUGAUGAGUGAGAACAAGUUCGAAAGAGUGAUUGAUCCCAAUUUGUGGGGGAACUAUGUGGAAGAAGAAGCAAAGCAACUAGUCCGAUUGGCAUUGUUGUGUACGGAUACUAAUCCAUCGGUCCAACCCCAUCUGUCUCAAGUGGUUAGAAUGCUCGGAAACGAAUUGCUUGUGCAGGAGCAGGAUCCUAGCGGUUGGCACAGUCGGAGUCGAAGCAGUGAUUCCACCACUUACUACUCUUUCCCUUCUUCUCCUUCAUCCGAAAUUGCUCUACGACAGGCACGGGGAUAAUACAUCUUGAUCAACCUUCUUUCAUAUAACAUCAUCUUCUGCUUCCACUGUCUCUGCUAAUCUGUUGUAACAUGUAUUAUGUGUUUCAUGUAAGGAUUGCUAUCUUCCGAGCCAA